UACACAAACACCCAUCGCGCAUUUCUCCAGGUCCUCCUCUCCCGCCAAUGCCUGACCUACGCUGAAGCCAAACCACUCAUCUCCACCAUCGAAACCGCUUCCAACCCCGCCCGUCCAACGCUGCCGGAAGACGUCUCCCAGGAAGACUUCACGAACUACAUCGACGCCCUCAACACCGCCAUCUCACCCUUCGAUCUCGAGAUCAGGAGUACGAGACAUCAGGUCACGAGGGAGCGGGUAUGGGCGCUCGUGAAUACGAGUAGUGAUGCCCUCACGCAGAUGAGUACGACUUUCAGUGCGGAGGAGAUGGGGUUUGUGAAGAGGGUUCUGGAUGCGAUGUUCGACACGAAUAACACGAGGGAGAAGGAGGUGAUGGCAGUCAGUUCGACGCAGGCUUUGAGGUUGUGUAAACCUGGUGCAGCGAACGCGGAUGAGAGGAGGAGAGAUUCGGGGAAUGAUGAGGUGAUGCAGGCUAUGGCGAAGGACAACGGGGUUACAAUGUCGCAGGCGGAGAGGGUUCUUGAGUUGUUGGUGGAGCAAGGCUGGUUCGAAUUGAGUGGACGAGGGUACUACUCUCUUUCUCCCAGGACGCUGAUGGAACUCCGCGGCUGGCUGGUGGACACUUACAAUGAGCCCGCCGACGAGAACGAUGACGAGGACGACGAUGACGAGGGUGAGAGGCAGCUUAUCAAGUUCUGUGCUGCGUGCCGAGAGAUCGUCACAGUAGGCCAGCGAUGUCCGGACCUGGACUGUAACGCACGAGCGCACGAUCACUGCGUGAGAAAUCUGUUCCGUGCGCAGGGAGGGAGAGAGCAGUGUCCGGUUUGCAAAGUGGCGUGGAGAGAUGCGCUGCCUGUGGGCGAGAGUGCGGCGAAGUGUGGGAGAAGGACGACGAACGGGUCGCGU